AUGCCUGCCAGGGAGCUGCUGCUGCUGGUAGCACUGGUGACUCUCAUCGCUGCUGGUGGGGCAGAGCUGAAUGAAGGGAAUGGCCUGAGAAGGCCGGUGUGUGGAGACAUGGUUGAGCUGCAGGCCUGCCCCCUCCUGCACUUGCCCGUCUGUGGGACCGACGGGAACACCUAUGCCAACGAAUGCCAGCUCUGUGUGCAGCAAAUGAAAACCAGGCAAGACAUCCGGAUUUUGAAACAUGGGGAGUGUCAAGAUAUCUGA